UUUCCCCCCUGCUUGCUGGCUUUCUCUCUGGCUCUCUCUGGCUCUCCAAGUCUGUGGGAUCCCCCCAUUCACCGGCUCUCAUUUGCUGUGCCAUCCCCCUCCCCAACGUUACCUGUUGACAGGAGCAGAGCUCAGAAUUGAUUCUCCUGCCCUUCUGAUGACAGUCCGACGGGGAGAACGUGCGUCUGUCCCGAUCCGGGAACACAUGGCCAUCGAUGUCUCCCCGGGACCAAUCCGACCCAUUGCCCAGAUCUCUGCUUAUUUCCCACACCCUGGGCUGGAGGGAGCUCGGUCCACCCGGGACAAAAUGAGAGGGCCGGGGGCAGCUAAUGCAGCUCCUGGAACCGGAGAGGGAGAAAGCGCUGACGGAGACGACUCUGACGAGAACACUUCCCUGGGGACUCUGGAAUUUGACAUCCUUUAUGAUCCCGAAGGCUGCACUCUCAACUGUACCAUCCUACGGGCCAAGGGGUUGAAGCCGAUGGAUUUUAACGGUCUGGCCGAUCCCUACGUGAAACUCCACCUGUUGCCAGGGGCCUGCAAGGCCAACAAGCUGAAAACGCGAACCCAGCACAACACCCUCAACCCCGUGUGGAACGAGGCUCUGACAUACAACGGGAUAACAGCUGAGGACAUGGCUCGGAAAACUCUGCGGAUCUCUGUGUGCGACGAGGAUAAAUUGACUCACAAUGAGUUCAUUGGAGAGACCCGGGUGCCCUUGAGGCGCCUCCGGCCCAGCCAGAAGAGACACUUCAACCUGUGUUUGGAACGGCAACAACCACUGGCUUCUCCCUCCUCCAUGACGCUGCGUGGAAUUUCCUGCUACCUGAGAGAGUUAGAGCCCCCGGCUGGCUGGGCCCUGGAGGCAGGGGCCGCAUCUUGCGCCAGCCCUGUGUACAUCUGAGGCGCCCGCGGGCUACUGGUGUCUAUCCUCCAUGCAUGCGCUGUGGAUGUGUGUGGCUACUCCGACCCCUACGUAAAAACGUAUCUCAAGCCAGACGAAGAGAAGAAGUCAAAGCACAAAACGACUGUGAAGAAGAAGACGUUGAACCCCGAAUACAACGAGGAGUUUUUCUAUGAGAUUGAGCACACGGAUCUUGGUCAGAAAUCUCUGGAGAUAACAGUCUGGGAUUACGACAUUGGAAAAUCCAACGACUUCAUUGGAGGGCUCUGGGGCUGGGGCAUGGUGAAUGCAGACACUGCAGCUCUCUCCCUUCCAGACCCUGACCAACGCCUCGAGCACUGGCACACACUCACCAACGAACUCCCAGAAUCCUCCACUUUUGGCCCCUGAGGUGCCAUCUUGACUGCCUACGGAACCGCAUCUGCCCUCCUUGCCACCUGAACAAAGGAGGCAGCCUGAGUCACUAACACACGAGGGCGUUUGCGGUUUACAGUUCACGAUGUUGUGGUGUCCCAUUUAUAUUAUGCUGUGGGAGGGGGCUGAAGCGGAGGCCUAUCCCCUCCUCGGUGUGGUGUCUUGAGAGGCCAAAGUGGGAGGCGGGAAACCGAGGGAAGAACAGGGUUGAGCCUAAGAGAAGCAAAGACAAGAUGGCCGCUGGUACAAAAACGUUGACAUCAAUGAACAGCCACAAAAAGAAGUAUACCUUUCUUUCAGAUUUGCCUCUACAACCUUCCCUUUGUCUCACCCAGCUGACAAUGGCUCUUGAAUCACUCCUUGGUCCUUUUACACCAGUGGUGGCGAACCUUUGGCACGGGUGCCAAAGGUGGCACUCAGAGCUCUCUCUGUGGGCACACACAGACAGAGCCCCCCCCCCCCCAAA